CACCGGAAGUGGCCGUGGCUCCGGCUGCUCGGCGGUUUGGCGCCGGUGGAGGGAGUCCUUCGUGCGGCUGCACUUCCGGUCGGCAUUUUGUUGUGUGAGGGAGAAGCGGAUCCCGAUCCCCGGAGCGCCGCGCAGCACCGGACUCCUCCCCGCCCCCAGUCACCGGCGCCCUCCUCCUCAGCCCGCGCUCAGUCCGUGCUCCCGGGGCGGCGGGGGAAGCCGAGGCCCGACCUCCCAGCAGCGCACGGACGCCCGGGGCCUGUUCUCUGUGUCGGGGAUAGUGGACUGUGUGGCGGCGGCGGAGGCUGCUCGGACGGACUAUUCUCCGUUGGAUCCCGGCGGGCGGGAGGGAGGGGGGCAGGCCGGGGGGAGGAGGAGAAGGGAUCGGCUCCUUCCCCGCUCCCCCUCUCUCUACAUGUCCGGAUUAUCCUCUCCAGGCCGGAGCGAGUGACGGCCCGCCUCUCAGUGUUUAGGAGAUGGGAAGAAAUGACAGGUGGCACCUUCAUUAAAAUACCUGCAUAGAUUCCACCAUCCUACAGCUUCAGGAUGAAUGGGGAUAUGCCUCAUGUUCCCAUUACGACUCUAGCGGGAAUUGCUAGUCUCACAGACUUAUUGAACCAGCUGCCUCUUCCAUCUCCUUUACCUGCUACAACUACAAAGAGCCUCCUCUUUAACGGACGGAUAGCAGAAGAGGUGAACUGCCUUCUGGCGUGCAGGGAUGAACCUCUGGUGUCACAACUUGUCCAUAGCCUCAAUCAGGUGUCAACAGAUCACAUAGAGCUGAAGGAUAACCUGGGAAGUGAUGAUCCAGAAGGAGAUAUACCGGUCCUGCUGCAGGCCACACUGGCCAGAAAUCCCAAUGUUUUCAGGGAAAAGAGUAUGCAGAACAGAUAUGCAGUGCAGAGUGGGAUGAUGAUGCCUCAGUAUAAACUUCCCCAGAAUUCCAUGCAUGGCAGCCCAGCAUCUUCCAAUUAUCAACCAACCACUAUCUCUCAUAGCCCUUCCAGUCGAUUUGUGCCACCUCAGACCAGUUCAACAAAUCGGUUUAUCGGCCAGCAAAACAGCCCCGUUCCUAGUCCUUAUGCUCCUCAAAGCCCUGCAGGAUAUAUACCAUACCCCCACCCAGGAAGCUACACGCAACGUCAACAAAUGCAACAAACUUCUGUUUCCAGUCCAAUUUUGGCAGGUGGUUUGAGGAACCUGCAUGAAAACAAAGUCUCCGGUCAGUUGUCGGGUAACUCUGCAAACCACCACACGGACAAUUCCAGACACAGCAACAGUGAAGACUACCUGCAGAUGGUACACCGGCUGGGCAGCGAGGAUAGUGAUUCUUCAAUUAGGAAUGCUGCCUCGUUUUCUCUACAAUCCCCUCAGUCUGUGUGUUCUCCUGCGGGAAGUGAUGGGACACCAAAAGUCUCAAGACAGUUAAUGCUUCAGUCUCAGCCUCCUCCGUACACCUCCCCGCGAGACGCUCCCCCUGACAUUCUGCUGGACUCGCCAGACAGAAAACUGAAAAGACAAAAAAAGUUAAAGAUGAGCAAAGACGAGAAGGAGGCAACAGAGAAGUCGGCUAUGUAUGACAUCAUUAGCUCCCCUUCUAAGGACUCUACCAAGCUCACAUUAAGACUGUCACGAGUGAGAUCUUCAGAAAUGGACCAGCAAGGAGACAUUCUCUCCAGCAUGGAGAACAGUAAUGUCUCAGAAGGUGACUCCUCUUUCAAUGUGCAGUAUCCUGGGCAGACGUCAAAAACGCCAGUCACUCCACAGGACAUAAGUCGCCCCUUGAAUUCUGCUGCUUGUUUCCAAGAGCAGACAGAAUUCAUGCAAGUUCAGCAAGUGCCCGUCCUACAACCCAAUACGUCUGCAACGGCAAAACCGUCUCAACCUCCCGUGGCUCCGUCACAAACCCCACAAACAGGAAACAUAACGCCAUACGACGAGGUGGAACUGGACGCUCUGGCAGAGAUCGAAAGGAUAGAACGCGAAUCUGCCAUCGAGCGGGAACGCUUUUCUAAAGAAGUUCAGGAUAAAGAUAAACCCUUAAAGAAGAGGAAGCAAGACUCCUACCCAUUAGAAGCUGGAGGUGCUACUGGAGGAAACAGACCAGCUUCCCAGGAGACCAGUGCUGCAGGAAAUGGGUCACGGCCAGCAGCUUUAAUGGUUAGCAUUGAUCUUCUGCAUGCCGGCAGAGGGGACUCUCAGGCAACUGUAACUCAGGACUCAGACGUAGUAAAGAAACCAGAAGAAGCAAAACCUUGUAAUGAUGGACCUGUUUCUGCAACUCCAGAGGACCCUGUUGUAGUCCCUAAAAAUAUCCCUGAAAUUCACCCAGGGACACCGAGAAAGAAGUCGGAGUCUGAAGCUGAGAGUCUUGAGAAGUCCAUCAAAAGCACACCUGCAAAGCAACCAGCUGAGGGUACGCAGGAGGAGUCGGUGAAAGAAAGCAAACCGUGCGACAUCAAGGCCGAGCCUCCAGAGAACAUAGAGGAAGCGAUGAUUUGUGAAGACAGCAAAAAUGAGGCAAAGCCUGAAAUAUGUGAGAAGAGUUGUGAGGACAACCCAGUGGAGAGUAAAACAGGAGCAAUGUUACCGGAGGACGUAAAGACAGAGACACCCCUUGGUGAUGCCACAAAAGAGUCCAAACCCUGUGACAAACCCUGUGACAAACCCUGUGACAAACCCUGUGACAAACCCUGUGACAAACCCUGUGACAAACCAGAGGAUAUGAAACUAAAUGAAAGUGUCAAGGACUCUAAUAAAGAUGAGAAUAAGCAGGAGCAGAAACAGAGGCCCAGUACCCCAAAGCAGCGAGGUGAAGGAAAGUCUGACAAUCCCAAACAAAAGUCUGAGGGAAGGCAAGACGCUGCACCAAGACAGAAGAGUGAUGGUAAACCAGAACAACCGAGGCAAAAGAGUGAGGGCAAGUCUGAACCAUCCAAACCGACAGGAGAUGGAAAGCCUGAUACAGCCAAGCAGCGGACGGAUGGACGUACUGAUAAUCCUAAACAGAAAACUGAUGGGCGUCAAGAGACUCCCAAAAAUAAAAAUGAAGGUAAGCCAGAAACACCUAAGCAAAAGAACGAUGGCCGACCUGAAACACCAAGGCAAAGGAGUGAGGGGCGACAGGAAAGUCACAGACAAAAGAGCGAUGACCGCCCUGUUAUGACUAGGCAAAAAAGCGAUGGGCGCACAGAAACCCCAAAACACAGACAUGAUAACCGAAGGGACUCCAUCAGACUCUCAUCUGACAAGAAAACGGAUUCAUCCAAACACAAAACCGAUUCCAAGAGCGUAUCUCCUAGGCUCAAGCCUGAGAGCCGCUCUGAUGGGACAAAGCAGAGAGUAGAUGGGAGGCCAGGUCAUGAGUCUUCGCGGCGCGAUUCCGAAAAUCCAAAACAAAAAGCAGAGGACAAGAGUGAUGCAGAUAAACACAGGGGAGAUUCGCCAAGGGUCAGGAGGCCAGAGUCUUUGAGAUCAUUUAACAAGAAUGAACCGGAUUCGAAACCUGGGAAUAAACCUGAUCCAUCCAAAACGGAUAAAUCUGAACGAAAGCAUCGGAACGAUUCAGAUGAGUCGAAGGACAGGCUUUCUUCUGGAGAACAGAAACUAAGGCCCGGAAGCCCUCGGAUUAGAUCUGACAGUAAACCGGAUCCCAGUAAAUCCAAACCAGAUAAAUCUGCAUUAAGAUCGCCUCAAAAUAAAGACGAGAAAAGGACUGAUGGUAACAAAAGUAAGGUGGACGGGAAUAAGACGCAUGGUGACAACAAAGCGGGGUUUACAAGUCGUAUGUUGGGUGGGAGUCAGGGUACACUGAAAAACUUUGUCAUUCCAAAACUCAAUCGGGAUAAGGAUGGCAAAGUCACACAGGAUCCUAAACGGUUGGAAUUAAAAAGGGAACAGAGAGAUGAUAAAAAGGGUUUUGUGGAAGAUCUAAAUAAAGGAGCAAAGCCGGUGGUGGUUCUUCAGAAGCUGUCUUUGGAUGAAGUACAAAAAUUGAUUAAGGAAAGAGAGGACAAGUCCAAGGGGUCCUUCAAGUCCAAUAAAAACAAGCCAUCAAAAUCCAGCAAAGGAGGCAUUGAUCAGUCUGUCCUGAAGGAGCUUCCUCCCGAGUUGGUGGCUGAAAUCGAGUCAUCCAUGCCACUGUGUGAACGCGUGAAGAUGAACAAACGCAAGCGCAGCACUGUAAACGAGAAGCCCAAAUACGCAGAGAUUAGCUCUGAUGAUGACCGCGAAAGUGAAGAAGAUUUUGAGCCUUCCAAAAAAAGACACAAAAAAAAUCGGGCCGAUGAGGAGUGGAAAUGUGAAGAGCGGGAAAGACGCAGUUCCGGGGAUCACAGGCGCAGUGGAAAUGACAAUAGGCGGAGCAGUCGCUACAGAGAGCGUAGUCCAGAAGACUCCGACAUGGAAGAGUCGCCACCUCCGAGCCUCAGUGAAGUGGCUCGGAAAAUGAAGAAGAAGGAGAAGCAGAAGAAGAGGAAAGCUUAUGAGCCUAAACUAACACCCGAAGAAUUGAUGGAUUCCUCAACAUUUAAGAGAUUUUCUUCAGCGGUAGAAAAUAUUUUGGAGAAUUUGGAAGACAUGGACUUCACGACAUUUGGUGACGAUGAGGAAAUCCCUCAAGACCUUCUGCUGGGGAAACAUCAGUUGACGGAGCUGGGCAGCGAGUCUGCUAAAAUCAAAGCUAUGGGUAUUAUGAAUAAAAUCUCUUCUGAAAAAAUGGUUAAGUUACUUGGGAUUCUUGAGAAGAACAUCCAAGACGGCUCCAAGCUUUCCUCUAUGUUGAACCAUAACAAUGACACAGAAGAUGAGGAAAAACUGUGGCGGGAUCUGAUAAUGGAGCGAGUCACAAAGUCAGCCGAUGCCUGUUUGACAGCGAUCAACAUAAUGACGUCACCGAGUAUGCCCAAGGCAGUUUAUAUCGAGGAUGUGAUAGAGCGUGUUCUUCAAUACACUAAAUUUCACUUACAGAACACACUUUACCCACAGUAUGAUCCUGUCUAUAGGGUGGAUCCACAUGGAGGCGGAUUAAUGAGUUCAAAAGCAAAACGCGCCAAGUGUUCAACCCAUAAGCAGAGGGUCAUUGUGAUGCUGUACAACAAAGUGUGCGACAUUGUGGCCAGUUUGUCGGAGUUGCUAGAGAUUCAGCUACUUACUGACACCACGAUCCUGCAGGUUUCUUCAAUGGGAAUUACACCAUUCUUUGUGGAAAGUGUCAGUGAGUUGCAGCUGUGCACCAUCAAGCUGGUUACUGCGGUAUUUUCCAGGUACGAAAAGCACAGACAGCUGAUUCUGGAGGAGCUCUUCACCUCACUUGCAAGGCUGCCAACAAGUAAAAGAAGCCUGCGAAAUUUUAGGUUAAACAGCAGCGAUGAUGAUGGGGAAGCUAUGUACAUCCAGAUGGUAACUGCGCUGGUUCUUCAGCUAAUACAGUGUGUGGUGCACCUACCAUCAGAUAGGGAUAAUCCAGAAGAAGAGUCCAACAAGAAAAUUGAUCAGGAUGUUUUCAUCACCAACUCGUAUGAAACCGCCAUGAGGACCGCACAGAAUUUUCUGUCCAUUUUUCUCAAAAAGUGUGGGAGCAAGCAGGGGGAGGAGGACUACCGGCCACUGUUUGAGAACUUUGUACAGGACCUUCUAUCUACUGUGAACAAGCCUGAGUGGCCAGCAGCCGAGCUCUUGCUGAGCUUGUUGGGGCGACUCUUGGUCCAUCAAUUCAGUAACAAGUCAACAGAGAUGGCGCUACGUGUAGCCUCACUGGAUUACUUGGGUACGGUGGCUGCGCGGCUCAGGAAGGAUGCCGUUACCAGCAAGAUGGACCAAGGAUCAAUAAACAGAAUCUUAAAACAGUCAUCUGAGGGUGAUGAUGAGAUUCAGCAGCUGCAGAAGGCUUUAUUAGACUAUCUGGAGGAGAACACAGAGACGGACCCAUCUUUAGUGUUUUCUCGGAAGUUUUAUAUAGCUCAGUGGUUCCGUGACACUACAAUGGAGACGGAGAAAGCCAUGAAAUCCCAGAAGGAUGAAGACUCAGAAGGAACGCACCACGCAAAAGAGGUUGAGUCCACGGGAGACAUUAUGCGGCGAGCAGAAAAGCGCAAAAAGUUCCUUCGUGGCAUCAUUAGAGCAGCGCCAUCACAGUUUAGCACUUUGAAGUCAAGUUCUGACACCGUCGACUACGAUGAUGCAUGUUUGAUUGUGCGAUACUUGGCCUCCAUGAGGCCGUUUGCCCAGAGCUUUGAUAUUUAUUUGACCCAGAUUCUGCGGGUACUAGGGGAGAAUGCAAUUGCAGUCCGAACGAAAGCCAUGAAGUGUUUGUCUGAAGUGGUAGCUGUAGAUCCAAGCAUACUUGCCAGGUUGGAUAUGCAGAGAGGCGUUCAUGGCAGGCUGAUGGACAACUCGACCAGUGUGCGAGAAGCAGCGGUGGAGUUAUUGGGACGAUUUGUGCUGUGUAGGCCUCAGCUUGCCGAGCAGUAUUACGAAAUGCUGGUUGAGAGGAUUCUGGACACUGGUAUUAGUGUAAGGAAGAGGGUAAUAAAGAUCUUGCGAGAUAUCUGCUUAGAGCAACCAACGUUUCCAAAAAUCACGGAGAUGUGUGUCAAGAUGAUCCGCAGAGUCAACGAUGAAGAGGGCAUUAAGAAACUAGUUAAUGAAACAUUCCAGAAACUCUGGUUCUCACCAACCCCCCAGAAUGAUAAAGUUGCAAUGACCAGGAAGAUCCUGAACAUAACAGAUGUGGUUGCAGCGUGCAGGGACACGGGCUAUGACUGGUUUGAACAACUUCUUCAGAAUCUUUUAAAAUCAGAAGAAGAUGCCUCAUACAAGCCUGUGAAGAAAGCCUGUACUCAGUUGGUUGACAACCUGGUAGAACACAUUCUCAAGUAUGAGGAGUCUAUGGCUGAUUCCGACAACAAAGGUGUGAACUCGGGUCGCUUGGUGGCUUGCAUUACCACUCUGUUCUUAUUCAGCAAGAUCAGGCCUCAGCUGAUGGUGAAACACGCAAUGACCAUGCAGCCGUACCUUACCACUAAAUGUAGUACUCAGAAUGAUUUCAUGGUAAUAUGCAACGUUGCCAAGAUCUUGGAGCUGGUUGUGCCACUAAUGGAGCACCCCAGUGAGACCUUCCUGGCCACUAUGGAGGAGGAUCUCAUGAAGCUCAUCAUCAAAUAUGGCAUGACGGUAGUACAACAUUGUGUGAGCUGUCUAGGGGCCGUUGUAAACAAAGCAACACAAAAUUAUAAGUUUGUCUGGGCCUGUUUUAAUAGAUAUUAUGGUGCGCUAAUAAAGUUAAAAACGGAACAUCAGGAUGACCCAAAUAGCACAGUCUUAACAACAAACAAACCAGCUCUCCUAAGAUCGCUUUUUACUGUUGGAGCACUUUGUCGCCAUUUUGAUUUUGAUCAGGAAGACUUCAAGGGUAGCAGCAAAGUAAAUAUUGCAGUUAACAUAAAAGACAAAGUUUUGGAACUGCUGUUGUAUUUUACCAAGCACUCAGAUGAAGAAGUUCAGACAAAAGCCAUUAUUGGUCUCGGGUUUUCAUUCAUUCAGCAUCCAAUUCUCAUGUUUGAAGUGGAGGUGAAAAAUUUAUAUAACAACAUUCUCUCUGACAAGAACAGCUCAGUGAACCUAAAAAUCCAAGUUCUGAAGAACCUCCAGACCUACUUACAAGAGGAGGACACUCGGAUGCAGCAGGCAGACAGAGACUGGAAAAAAUUAUCAAAGCAGGAAGAUCUGAAAGAGAUGGGAGAUAUUUCCUCAGGGAUGAGCAGCUCUAUUAUGCAGCUUUACCUCAAACAGGUCUUGGAGGCGUUCUUCCACAGGCAAUCCAGUGUGCGGCACUUUGCUCUCAAUGUCAUCGCAUUGACUCUGAACCAGGGUCUCAUCCAUCCUGUUCAGUGUGUGCCCUAUCUGAUUGCAAUGGGGACAGACCCUGAGCCAUCCAUGCGGAACAAAGCAGAUCAGCAGCUGGUGGAAAUAGACAAGAAAUACACUGGAUUCAUCCAUAUGAAAGCAGUGGCCGGCAUCAAGAUGUCCUACCAGGUGCAGCAAGCCAUCAUUUCCGACGCAAAGCGAAUAGUGCGUGGCUUCCGGCAGGACGAAUCCACCAGCGCUCUCUGCUGCCAUCUUUAUUCGAUGAUCCGGACCAACCGGCAGCACAGACGCGCUUUCCUGAUCUCCUUACUCAACCUGUUUGAUGAUGCUGCGAGAACAGAAGUAAAUAUGCUCUUGUACAUAGCGGACAAUCUAGCCGGGUUUCCAUAUCAAAGUCAGGAGGAGCCUCUGUUCAUUAUGCAUCAUAUAGACAUUACAUUAUCGGUUUCUGGUAGCAAUCUAUUGCAGUCAUUUAGAGAGUCUAUGGUGCAAGCUGGGAAGCCCAAGAAAAAAACCAAGCAGGAGUCAUCUGGAGAAGAAAGUAGCAGUGAAAGUGAGGAAGAGGUGGCCAAGCCGAGAAGGUCGCGGAGGCGGGCGGCCUCAGAUUCUGACUCAGACAAUGAGGACGACGUAGAUCACGUCCUGAGCUGCCUGCCCAGCGAAUCUGCUCCUCUUAUAGAGUUUGCAAAUGCCUCACAAGGAAUUCUCUUACUUCUAAUGUUGAAGCAGCAUUUAAAAAACCUCUGUGGCUUCUCAGAUAGUAAAAUUCAAAAGUAUUCCCCAUCAGAAUCGGCUAAAGUGUAUGAUAAGGCCAUAAACCGGAAAACGGGGGUCAAUUUUCACCCCAAGCAGACUCUGGAGUUUCUCAAGAGGGACGUGACUUGUACAAAGAUUAAUGAUGACAUCAAGAGGACGAUUGCUAAACAAUAUUUGGAUUUCAAGUUGCUAAUGGAACAUUUAGACCCUGAUGAGGAGGAGGAAGAAGGAGAGGUAUCGGCAAGCACGGAUGCUCGAAAUAAAGCCAUUACCAAUUUACUUGGUGGUAACAGUCCUAAGAAUAAUGUGGCCGAGACGGAGGAAGAGGAAAGUGAUGGGGAGGAGAAGGCUGGGGGCACGUCAGGGUUAAGAAAAUCAAAAAGAUUAUCAGACUCGUCAGACAUGGGAGCACAGAUGAAUGAGACCGUUGAAGCCCAGGAUGUAAUUGCAAUUUGUUGCCCAAAGUACAAGGACCGGCCACAGAUUGCUAAAGUUAUUCAGAAAACCAGCCACGGAUAUCGCGUUCAGUGGAUGGCGGGCUCCUACAGUGGCACUUGGGUUGAAGCCAAACGGCGUGAUGGACGAAAGCUUGUGCCUUGGGUCGAUACAAUUAAAGAGUCGGACAUCAUUCACAAAAAAAUAGCUCUAACGAGCGCAAAUAAGCUGACUAAUAAAACUGCUCAGACUUUACGAUCGCUGUAUGCAGCCAAGGACGGGACUUCCAGCUAAUAAUACAUUUGUAUAUUUGCAGCCAAAUUUACAGGAAAAAGAGAACAGUCAAACUUGAAAUCUCAGCAAAAUUCUGGCAAAAAAAAUAAGAUAAAAAAAAUGUUAAAGAUCUGUUUUAUGAAGCGUAAGAAUGGAACUUGGCGGCCUGAAGGAAAUGUUUGGAAAACAUUGUUGUGGGAGCUUCCUUCGCUGUUGUACAGCAGAAACUUCUCAGUUCAUUUUUACUCCCACUGUAUUAUAGUUUAACAAAAAUUUGUUUAUAUCUUGAAGAAUACUUUCUGUUUAAAAAAAACAAACAAAAAAAAAUUACAAAAAUAAACAAGUGAAUGUUGAAAAUUAGUCUGUUAAUGUUCUUAAUAAAGUGUUCUUGGAGUUUAACCUAGCAGCGGAUGGCUUUCUUUAGCUUAGCCCGGUUUCCAGGGAAGCAUAAAUUUUUUUUAUUUUAUUUUUUACCAUUUUUAUUUUUUAUUUUAUUUUUUUUCCAGGCUGUAAAAUGGCAGAAUGUUCUGGACAUAUAUAAUUUAUUCUGUUGGGGGGGAGGGGAAAGCAUGCAGUAUCUAUGACCUAUCUGCAGGAGAUUAUUUUUUCCCUUUUUAUUUUGUUUUUACAUUAUUAUUUUUUUUGUUUGUAAAUGUAGAUUUUGAUGUACUAAGUCACCCUGAAAUUAUACGAGAAGGGAUCCCGAGAAUACCUGCUGGAGAAAAUACUGCAAUAAAUUUUUUUACUUCUUUGUUACUUGUCUGUUUCCAUUUGAAUUUCUUAAUGUAAAGCUGUUUUAAAUCCAAUUAUAUUAUUUU